AAGGUGGCAAACAGAGUCAGUGGGUCAUUUCAGCAUCCCAAGGCCAAGGAAGAGGGGACACAUACUGCUACCGGGAUGACCCCAAGGAAAGAGAAAUCCCACAUCUGUAUUGACUGUGGAAAAUGCUUUGCACGCCCCUCUGAUCUGGCUAAGCACGAGAACAUCCACACUGGCGCAAAGCCCUUUCGCUGCAUGGCGUGUGGAACACGAUUCAGUCAGUUGUCCCACUUGACCAGGCACCAGAGGAUUCACACAGGGGAAAAACCCCACACAUGUACUGAAUGUGGCGCAGCAUUUGCUCAACGGGCUUCUCUAGUGAGUCACCAGAGGGUCCACUCAGGAGAGCAGCCAUAUCGCUGUUCUCACUGCCAGCAGUGUUUCAGCCACCAGUCUGCGCUCAAAGUGCAUGAACGUAUCCACACAGGCCAGAAACCUUACAUCUGCCUGGAAUGUGGAAAGAGAUUUGUUUCCUCCUCCACCCUUAAAAUUCAUAAGAGGAUCCAUACAGGAGAAAAGCCAUUUUCCUGUGGCGAGUGUGGGAAGCGAUUCAUUCAGCGCUCCAAUCUGAUUUCCCACCAGCGGACGCACUCUGGGGAAAAGCCGUUUUGCUGUGGCGUGUGCGGGAGAAGGUUCAGCUACCCGUCGGACCUUACUAGGCACCAAAAGAUCCACACAGGGGAG